AUGGCACUCGCCCGCCCGCUCCCUCCGCUGUGGCAGACGCUGCUGCCCGGCCUCAAUGGCCCAAUGCGGCCCGUCCUCAGCCCCAACUUCCUGCAGCGCCUCUCACAGCCUUUUGGGGCAAUCAACACACCCUUCGGCGCUCUCGCCAUACCCUCGCUGUCUCUCCCCUCAAUACCCUCACUAGCCGACAUCUGGGACGGCAUACUCAACGCGGUGCCCAAGAAGAAGACGUCAUACCGCAAGAAGCGACAACGCUUCAUGGCGGGCAAGGGCCUAAAAGACAUCACGUCGCUGAACACAUGCUCUGGGUGUGGAAGGGUCAAGCGGUUACAUAUUCUGUGCCCCUACUGCGUGGAUGCCAUCAAAACCAACAUCUUCGGCCAGCUCAACUGGUCCAUCCGCCAACCAACCAAGAAGAUGGCUAAGCAACUCGGACGCGAGAAGCGAGAAGCGGCCCAAAGAGCGCGAACCAUGAUGCCCGAUCCAAGGAAAGAGAAGGAGGAGCAAAUAUUGAAGCAUACCGGCUGGAAAAGGUGA